ACUUGCUGGCCCCCAUCCCUCCACCUCUUCCUCAGGUUUUUUUUUCCUCUUAUCUACCUUGGGGGUCAUCAGCUCCAAGUCAGCUCCUCCCAGACCCCUCUGCUCCAGCCCUACCUUUCUCAGAGGAUAGCAGGGAAGGUGAGAAUCUGGGGCCUUUAUUUGUGUUUCUGUGAAGAAGUCGAAAGUCUCUUCCUCCCUCCUGAAGAGUUGCCACUCUGAGGCCCCAGGAAAGAUGACCCAAACCACAGUGACUGUGAAUGGGGUUGAAAUGGCCUCUGCACUCCCCCAGUCCACUCAUGUCAACAUCCACAUUCACCAGAAACCAGCUUGGGAGCAGCUGCUGAAAGCCAUGGGCUCCCUGAAGUUUCUCCCCUGUCCUCAGGACACUGAGCCCUCCAAGGCCAGCAUCCAUCACGGGCAGCUGGCUCUAGGGGUCACCCAGAUAUUGCUGGGGCUUGUGAGCUGUGUUCUUGGAGUGUGUAUCUACUUAGGACCCUGGACUGAGCUGUGUUCCUCUGGCUGUGCCUUCUGGUCAGGGUCUGUGGCGAUUAUAGCUGGAGCUGGCACCAUUAUUCAUGAGAAGCGACAGGGAAAACUGUCUGGCCAUAUAUCACGUCUGCUCAUCCUGGCUUGCAUUGCCACAGCUGUGGCCUCUACUGUUUUGGGUGUGAGCAGCUUAAUCUGGCAAACCAGUGCUUUCUACCAAGUCAAGAUCAGGUCCACAUGUGACUCCUUACAGUCUAGCACGGACAGUGAGUAUGGGAGAGUGCGAUUCACUGAUGACUCAGUCUGGAAGACGGAGAGGUGCAAAGAAUACCUGGGCAUGAUGAUGAACCUGUUCCUAGCAAUCUGCAUCAUGCUCACCGUUGUCUGUAUCCUGAAGAUUGUUGUGUCUUUGGCUUCCCUGGGACUGAGUCUCCAAAGUAUGUGUGGCCGGAGCUCCCAGACCCUGGAUGAGGAAGAGACAGGGAAAAAGCUUCUUGGGGGGGAUUCAACACCUCCCUCCCCAACCAAGGAGAUUCCUGGUAUCCUAUGAGCUUCUACAAAGACCCUGCGUGAGCCCGCACGUGUCCCUGAACAGACUGAUCCCGAGAGGGCAGCAUCUGUUCCCAGGGCCUCUGCUGGCCCUGCAGCACACAGCUGGUUCCCUAUGCAGCCCCCUUUCUCUUCCUGUCUCCCCACUGUCCUCACUCCAAUGUCCUUUGUUCCAUAAAUAGAUACUGUGUCAUUUUCCCAAUGCUAAUUAAACAGAAACAACCCCCCAAAAAAAUA